AUGAUAAUGUUAAUUAAAGUUUUCGUAUUACUUCUUGUAGUUUAUAUUUUACACAAUAGCUAUAAAAAAUAUAAGAAAUUAGAUAAAAAUGAAUUAAAAGGACCAACUCCAAUUCCAGUUUUAGGAAAUCUUCAUCAGCUAUCAAGCUUACCACACCGAGAUUUAUCUAAAAUGACAAAAGAUUAUGGAGAUAUUUUCAGAGUUUGGUUUGCUGAUUUGUAUACUGUAGUUAUUUCAGAUCCUGUUUUAAUUCGUAAAAUAUAUGUCGAAAAUCACGAAUCAUUUAGAGAUAGACCAAAAAUUCCUUCAAUGAAAUAUGGUACAUAUUAUCAUGGUACAGCAGCAUCAAUGGGUGAAGAUUGGGUUCGUAAUAGAGGUAUUGUUUCAUCAGCAAUGAGAAAAUCAAAUAUUAAACAUAUUUAUGAAGUAAUUAAUAAUCAAGUUGAUGUUUUAAUGUCAACAAUGAAAAAGUAUGAAAAAAGAUCAGAACCUUUUGAACCACGUUAUUAUAUGACAAAGUAUACAAUGGCAGCAAUGUUUAAAUAUAUUUUCAAUGAAGAUAUUGGCGAAGAUGAAGAUAUUCAUACUGGAGAGAUUCAGAAAAUAAUGGGACCAAUGAAUCAAGUUAUGGAAGAUUUUGGUACUGGUUCAUUAUUUGAUGUUUUAGAGAUUUCACAGACAUUUUAUUUGAAAUGGUUAGAAUUGACUGAAAAGAAUUUCCCACUUUUAUUGAAAUUUUUUAAUGGUAGAUAUGAACAACAUCUUGAAACCAUUAAACCGGAAUCACCAAGAGAUCUAUUAGACAUUUUAAUCAAUGAAUAUGGCACGAACACCCAUGAUGAUUACUUGAAUAUCGCAUCAACAGUUUUAGAUUUCUUUUUCGCUGGUACCGAUACAUCAAGUACAACAUUGGAGUAUUUAUUCCUCAUGAUGGCAAACUAUCCAGAGAUUCAAGAUAAAGUUCAUCAAGAGGUCAAAUCAUAUUUAAAACAAAUUGGUAAAGAUAAAGUUGAAUUGAAUGAUAGACAAUCAUUACCAUACGUCGUUGCAGUUAUUAAAGAAACACUUAGAUUCAAACCAGUUACACCAUUUGGUGUACCACGAUCUUGUGUAAAUGAAAUUACCAUCGAUGAAAAAUACUUUAUUCCAAAGGGUGCUCAAGUUAUCAUUAAUUAUCCAUCAAUUUUUGAGAAUGAAAAAUAUUUUAAAAAUGCAAAUCAAUUUGAUCCAUCAAGAUUCUUACAAACAACAACAACAAAUACUGCAUCAAAUGAAGAAUCUUCAUUCAAUUCAAAUCUUGCAUUCAUUCCAUUCAGUAUUGGUCCAAGAAAUUGUGUUGGUAUGCAAUUCGCUCAAGAUGAAUUGUUUUUAGCAUUUGCCAAUAUUGUAUUAAAUUUUACAAUUAAAUCAGUUGAUGGUAAGAAAAUUGAUGAAACUAUAUCAUAUGGAGUAACUUUAAAACCAAAAACUCGUUUUAAAGUUUUACUUGAAAAAAGAUUAAUUUAA